AGCGGUCGGUGACGUACGCGGAAGUGAGGUCUGUUGCUAAGCUACAGCCGAGGGGCAACUAGAGCGUCAACAAGUUGUUCAGCUUCAACUUUACGCUCCUCGAGGGUUCACAUGAUCCACAGACACCGACCCACGAAGGUAGAGACACCGACCCACGAAGGUAGAGACAUCGUCCCACGAAGGUGGACCAGGCUCAGACCAGUAGUUGAGAAGCUGAUGUCAUGAAUUAGCCUCAGCUUCGGUCCAUCUGUCCAAACGCAGCAGCCCGUCUCCACGGCGACCACCAUGGCGUCCUCCAGCUCCACCAAGAUCUCCUGGCGACUGCAGGAGUUCGAGGCUCACGCCAGCAGCGUGUCCUGCUCGUCUCUGGGGAAAAGCUCCGGGCGGCUACUGGCCACGGGAGGAGAGGACUGCAGGGUCAACAUCUGGGCCGUGAGCAAGGCCAACUGCAUCAUGAGUUUGACCGGUCACAAGAACCCGGUGGAGUGUGUCCAGUUCAACGUGUCGGAGGAGCAGGUCGUGGCCGGGUCUCAGUCUGGAUCCAUCCGGGUCUGGGACCUGGAGGCCGCUAAGAUUUUAAGGACUCUGAUGGGACAUAAAGCCAGCGUCACCAGUCUGGGCUUCCACCCGUUCGGAGACUUCCUGGCCUCCAGCUCCACGGACACCAACAUCAAGCUGUGGGACGUGAGGAGGAAGGGCUACGUGUUCAGGUACAAGGGUCACACUCAGGCCGUCAGGAGUUUGGCCUUCAGCCCUGACGGGAAGUGGUUGGCGUCGGCGAGUGACGACUGCACUGUCAAACUCUGGGACCUGACUCAGGGGAAAACCAUCACUGAGUUCAAAUCUCACACUGCAGCCGUCAACAUCGUCCAGUUCCACCCCAACGAAUACCUGCUGGCAUCCGGGAGCUCCGACAGGUCAAUCAAACUGUGGGACCUGGAGAAGUUUACGAUGAUUGGUUCAUUGGAGGGCGACACUACUCCAGUCAGGUGCGUCUUGUUCAGUCCAGAUGGCUCCUGCCUGUUCAGUGGAGCCUCUGACUCUCUGAGGGUUUUUGGCUGGGAGCCCGACCGCUGCUUUGACCUGGUUCCAGUCGGAUGGGGAAAAGUAUCGGACCUGGCCAUCUGCAGCCAGCAGCUGAUCGGCGUGUCUCACCAGCUGUCCAGUGUGUCGUCCUUCGUGGUCGAUCUGAAGAGGGUGAAGAAGAGCGGAGGCUCUGUGAUCCAAGGAAUUAUCCAGGACAACCAGCCGCUCCCAGAGCCCAAGGAUCCGAAAGCAGCAGCCCUACGCCGCAACUACGAGAAGAGACCCACAACCACCUCUCAGAGAGUGAAGCAGCGUCCAGAUGCUGAGAGGCGGAGCCCUGAUGGCGAGAGGCGGAGCCCCAGUGAGGACGAGGCAGACGAGAAGCUGUCGUCAGCUGAGAUCCACAACGCCGAGGACUAUAAGGAGAUCUUCCAGCCCAAGAACGCCAUCUCUCGAACUCCUCCCAAGAUCUCAGAGCCUUUCCCUGCUCCUCCAGAGGACGAGACCAUCCUGGCCAUCGGCCGCCAGCUGAAGGACUUGACUUCUCCUUUUCCUGACAAGCAGCAGGCUCCUCCACUGGCCUCCUCCACCCCCGUCCAGAGGGUGGAGCCCACAGUGGUCCAGCGUCCAGAGCCCCCCCCCUCCAGCCAGCCUCCCCCCUCCACAGCCAAACCCAGAGCUCAGCCCAAACUCAUCCCCAGCACCAGGAACGAGCCCAUUGGUCUGAACGUGGCCGACUUCCUGCCUCCUGCAGCCAAUCACAGGCCUGGAGCUCUGGGGGACGAGGACGCUUUGUCCCAGAUCAAGAAGGGACACGACACCAUGAGUGUGAUGCUGAGCAGCCGACACAAGAACCUGGAGACGGUCCGGGCCGUGUGGGCCAGAGAGGACAUCAAGAGCGCUCUGGACGCUGCCGUCUCCAUGAGUGACCUGUCCAUAGUGGUGGACGUCCUCAACAUCAUCAACCUCCACCCGACUCUGUGGAAGUUGGACCUGUGCACCAGUGUCCUCCCUCAGAUCGACAAACUGCUGCAGAGUAAAUAUGAGAGCUAUGUCCAAACCGGAUGUUUGUCUCUGAAACUCAUCAUGAAACAUUUCUGGAUCCUCAUCUCUGACACACUCAAGGCCACGCCCUCUGUGGGAGUGGACAUCACCCGAGAGGAGAGACUCCAGAGGUGCAGGUCGUGCUUCCAGAUGUUGAAGAAUCUCAGUAACGUGGUGAAGAACAAGUCGUCUCAGGUCGGUCGUCAUGGCAGCGCCUUCAAAGAGCUGCAGCUGCUCAUGGCGCCGCUCCACGAUGCACUCUGAGGACACACUCUGAGGACACACUCUGAGGACACACUCUGAGGACGCACUCUGAGGACGCACCAGCUGACCACCAGCUGACCAGACACUUAAAUCACAGUCGGAUGUUGACCUUUGACCUGUACCUGGGAUCCAUCAGCUGAUCAGACUCCUUCAGACAAUCAGAGACACGUCAGAGGAGGAGGACGCUGUGUUUUAGGACAAACUCUUUUCUAUGUUUCCUGAUAGAAUUGUUGACUGUUGUUUAUUUAAUAAAGACGUGAUGGAGCUAAAGUGUGAAGCUGCUCAUUCA